UUUAGAUGAAUGUACGUAUAUAGAAAGGCAGAAUAUUAUAAUACUAAUUCAAGAAAAGAGAAAAAGAAGAAUUGAAGGCUAUCUCAGAAUUUUUCUGGCCAGCAUUCUUUUCAGCCAGAAAACAAAACCAUUCGGAAGAAACUCCAGAAACCGCUCUCCCCGCUCCAUGGAGAGCUUGAUCCUUCCCUGCAAAACCUUAAUACCCUCAAAAAUCCCAGAAAAACCCGCAAAAUCCAAUUCUUUAUCCACAAAUAACCCACCAGAACUCACCCACGAUGCCUACUUGAAGCGACUGUGCAAGCUCGGCCGCCUGAGUGACGCUAUUUCCUCUCUGGACUCCUGCGGUUCAACGGUAAGGCACAGCACUCUGUCUCACUUGAUUGAGUCUUGUAUUGACUCCAGUUCACUCGACUUAUGCUAUAAGCUCCAUGCCAGUGUGAAGAAACUGAUAAAAGAACCAGACCCUUUUAUCGAAACCAAGUUGGUUGGUAUGUAUGCUAAAUGCGGGUCUUUAGAUGAUGCGUUUGUGGUGUUUGAAGGGAUGCGUGAAAGGAAUCUGUAUGCAUGGUCCGCUAUAAUUGGGGCUUGUUCGAGGGAGAAGAGGUGGGGUGAUGUGGUGGAGCUAUUUUAUUGGAUGAUGGCGGAUGGUGAUGUCGUUCCGGAUGAUUUCUUGUUUCCAAAGAUUUUGCAGGCUUGUGGGAAUUCUGGGGAUGUGGAGACGGGGAGAUUGAUACACGGGAUAGUCAUCAAAAGCGGGAAGACUAGUGAACUUCGUGUGAAAAAUUCUAUUCUCGCUGUUUAUGCUAAAUGCGGAUGUUUGACCUCUGCCAGGAGAUAUUUUGAAGGGAUGGAAGUGAACGAUAGAGUUUCUUGGAAUGCAAUAAUUACGGGGUAUUGUCAGGCAGGUAAGAUAAAUGAGGCACAGCAGUUGUUUGAGUUGAUGCGCGAAGAAGGGCCUCAACCAGAUGUGAUCACCUGGAAUGUAUUGAUCUCGAGCUGUAAUCAAUUGGGGAAGUGCGAUGUUGCAAUGAAAUUGAUGAAUGAGAUGGAGAGCAGCGGAGUAAAGCCUGAUGUCUUUACAUGGAGUAGUAUGAUUUUGGGUUUUGCUCAAAAUAAUCGUAGGUUGGAGGCAUUAAAAUUGUUUAGGGAGAUGCUUCUGGCUGGGGUUGAACCAAACAGUGUAACGCUCAUGAGUGCUAUCUCAGCAUCUUCCUCUAUGAAAGAUAUUAGAAAAGGAAAGGAAGUCCAUUCGAUUGCCAUAAAGAUGGGGUGUGGUCAAGAUGUGCUUGUGGGGAAUUCGCUUGUUGAUAUGUAUUCCAAGUGUGGGAAACUUGAGGCUGCCCGAAAGGUCUUUGAUAUGAUCCCACAAAAGGAUGUCUAUACUUGGAAUUCACUGAUUGGAGGCUAUUGCCAAGCUGGAUACUGUGGCAUUGCACAUGAUCUCUUCAAACAAAUGCAAGAGUCAGAUGUCUUGCCAAAUGUCAUCACAUGGAAUGUGAUGAUCACGGGGUACAUUCAAAACGGAGAUGAGGAUCAGGCUAUGGAUCUUUUCCAUAGGAUGGAGAAGAAUGGGGGUGUUAAGCGGGACACUGCCUCAUGGAACGCUCUCAUCGCUGGGUACUUGCAUCAUGGCGAGAAAAAUAAAGCACUGGGGAUCUUCCGGCAGAUGCAAUCUUUUGGUGUCAAACCUAAUGCAGUUACUAUUUUGAGCAUCUUACCUGCAUGCGCAAAUUUAGUUGCAUUCAAAAAGCUGAAAGAGAUUCAUUGCUGUGUUUUGCGCAGCAAUUUAGAGUCUGAGCUUUCAGUGGCAAAUUCUCUGAUUGACACAUAUGCAAAGUCGGGGAAUCUACAAUACUCGAAAGCCAUAUUUGAUGGAAUGCCAUCCCUUGAUAUUGUGACUUGGAACACAAUGACCAGUGGUUAUGUUUUACACGGAUGUUUCAACGAUGCGAUUGAUCUCUUUGAAAGCAUGAGGAAACAGGAUUACAGACCCAAUAGAAGUACAUUUGUUAGUAUAAUCACAGCUUAUGGUCUAGCCAAUAUGGUUGAUAAAGGGAGAGAGAUUUUUUCCAAGAUGACUGAAGACUAUCAGAUUUUACCGUGUUUAGACCAUUACAUAGCUAUGGUAGAUUUAUAUGGUCGUGCAGGGAAUCUCGAUGAAGCAUUUGAUUUCAUCAGCAACAUGGCGGUAGAACCUGAUGUCCCUGUUUGGUUCGCAUUCCUAACUGCCUGUUGUAGGCAUGGGAAUGUCAAAUUGGCAAUCCAUGCAGGGGAAAAGUUGCUUGAACUAGAACCAGAAAAUGCCUUCAUACGGAGGUUGGUUUCACAACUUUAUGAUUUACGUGGGAUUUCCAAAGAUUCUUCAAAGAUAAGGAGGCCUGGAAUAAGAAAAGAUCCUACAGAAUCUCCCGAGUGGAGUUGGAUUGAAGUCAAAAACAUAGUUCAUACUUUCGUCAGUGUUGAUCGUCGUCAACUGGAUGUUAAAUCUCUACAUUCUUGGAUAGAAAGCAUAGAGUUAAAAAUGAAGGAACCAAAAUACCAUGGUGACAUGCUUGGCAUCCAAGAGGAAGAAAAAGAUGAAACUGCUGGAGUUCAUAGUGAAAAACUAGCGUUAGCCUAUGCUCUGAUCAAAUCGUCUCAACCAUUUCAGCCCAUUAGAAUUGUCAAGAACCUGAGAAUGUGCGACCACUGCCAUAGGUUUGUAAAGUUGGUCUCUAAAACACAUGGCUCCGAGAUAUAUAUAAGUGACUCGAAAUGCCUACACCAUUUCAAACAGGGAACCUGUUCAUGUGGUGACUAUUGGUAGAUACAACCACCACCUUAAUCUCUGUCUUUAAGGUAAAUUCAUUUUUGUCCUUUUGGUUCCAUCAGUACUAUAGAGGCACCUUAUAAGGGACACUGGUUUUGUCUGAAAUAUCAGAGCUUCUCAUGAAAAAGCUGAGAUAGGAAUCACAUAAUGUGUAGUUUUCCAAUGAUUUUUCCCUUUGUACAUAUAAUGACUUAAAUCUUUCCAGUUAGGACACUGCUUCUUUGAUGCAAA